GGCCUACCGUCGCGAGUAACGCACGCAAUUCAUAGUUUCAGUUUGUUUUAUUACCUCUGCAACAGCUGGAUGCUGAAUCAUUGAAGUUCAUCUGACAAAGUAUAUUAGUUAUAUGUGAGAAUGAGGUUUACGAAUAAUGGGUACAAAAAUAGAGUCAAUAUCAGUAAAGGAACAACUCUUCUUACGGCUGAACCGUUUGUGUAUGUGCUCAAGUCACUUUUUCGAUGGGACCGAUGUGACAACUGUUUCGCGAGCGGUAAACUACUGAAAUGUUCAGCAUGCCAAUCUAUAUAUUACUGCGAUCGCCACUGUCAAAAAGAAUCAUGGGGCAUUCACAAGUUCGAGUGUGCAAAUUUGAAGCGAAUAUCACCGAGAAUAAUUCCUGACGCAGCUAGAUUAAUGGCACGAGUAAUAAUAAAGUUAAACAAAGGCGGAGCAGAUGAGCAAGGCUUUUACACAGAGACAAAAUUCAGGAAGUUCAAGGACCUCAUGUCUCAUUAUUCGGAUCUGAAACAAGAUGUGAAACGGAUGGAACACUUUACCUCUCUAUGCGGUGUUUUAUUUGAAGUACUCGGAGAGACACUCCUACCGAAUUCGGCAGAGUUGAUGGGAAUCUAUGGUCGCCUGUGCGUCAACUCUUUCAACAUAUUAGACUCAGAGAUGAACAGCAUCGGAACUGGAGUUUACCUAGGGCCGUCCAUAAUGGAUCAUAGUUGCAAGCCAAAUGCUGUUGCUGUUUUUGAAGGGACUAAAAUCACCAUUAGAGCCUUGGAAGAUAUACCUCGAUUAGAUUGGUCAGAGAUUAGAAUAUCAUACAUCGACCUGCUCAAUUCAACAGAAGAAAGACAAAAUGAAUUACAAGCUGGUUAUUAUUUUCGUUGCAACUGUGAGCGAUGCACAUCACCUGAGCCAUUUGUGACGGCUAUUGCUUGUCCAAACCUGUCGUGCGACGCUCCAUGCUCUCCGUCUGAGGAAAGUUGUUCAGCAUGCGGAGAAAAACUACCCGGAACACUAAAAGAUUUAUUUAAAGAAGUCACAGAAUUUACUCUACAUCAUUUACAAAGCAUGAAGACUGUCGCAUAUCUCGAUGUUAGUAAAGCAUGCCUAAAGAAGCAGGAAGGCGUGUUACAUUCCCUCAACUUGCAGCAUGUACGAACGCUUGACGCUGCUUUCGAAGCAGCAGUGAAUUUGGGCAUUUGUUGGGAAGAUGCUGAACAUUAUGGAACAAAACUUAUACCUGGAUAUCUAUUAUAUUAUGGCGCCAUGCACCCACUGACAGGACUACUCUAUCUGAAACUAGGAAAGAUACAAUUGUAUUUAGGGAAAUCUAGCAGAGCAGUUGACACAUUAAAAAAGGCUGCUGCAAUUAUAAGUGUAACACACGGCGAUCAGCACUCUCUUGUUAGAGAGCAGCUCAGACCAUUGACUUAUCAAGCUGUUUCCGAAUCUUCUAAAUAAAUAAGGACAAAUUAUUUAUAGAAAUAUUUUUUUAGAUUUUGUAUGAACACUGUUCACUGAAUUAUCGAGGUACUACACUGGCGCAGUCCACAAUAGCGACGAGAAUGAUAAAUAAAUGAAUGAGCAAACUGUAGCAAAUAUUACAUUAUUCAACUCUUGUUGCCAAAGCUCAAAAGAAAUUCUGGACAGUUUUAGAAUCACUUUUACGAUGCAAUUAAAAAAAUUAGAUGGACAAUGGAAAAGAUAAGUAUGUAAAUUAUUAAAUUUAUUUGACUUCGUUCUAGAUAUAGUUUCUAGAAUUCUGUGAAAGUUAACAUUUUUUUCCGUAGAAAUUAUGGAAAUCCAAUGUGUCAAUAAGGUUGUUUUAAAAUUUAACGGUGAUUAAUUUGCUGAAAAAAUGUUUAUUUUGUGAUACUGAUAGGAUACAUCUUGUAUUCGCGCAAUCAUACAAUAUUAUUGUAUAUGCUACACAUAUACCACAAUAACAAUAAGAAACUACACUGGCAUUCACGCAUCAGACACACUUUUGUCUCUUGACUCCCAGAGUCUCACAAAUAUUUUCAAAUGUAUUCGAUUACUAUAUUAAUGGAACAUAUAAAAUAAUCAAAAUAAAUUAACAACACAGUGGAGUCUUACACAGGAAUUGACGUUCAAUUCCCUCAUAGACAAUAUUCCGAAAAAGGAAAUAUUGCUGCUUCGUGUCACAUUUUUUUUUUCCUUCAGGGGUAUGGAGGUGGAAUUACCUUACAGCAAAUACGCUUCAAAGACUAAUACAACGAAUCGACGAUUUACUUCUAGCUCCUCUCUCUCUUCUAAACUCGCGUUAUUUUCUACUUGGCUAG